CGUCUCCUCCAGACUGCAUGCAGUUUGGUAUUAAAAUGUUUUCAGUGCCACCAACCGUUGUGUUGUUACACAUUUGAGAUGAUAGAUACGCGUUGAGCUAUUUUAACGGAUUAUAUCAUCACAUUGAAAACCGGGACUGACGGCACUCAAGGCGAACAACGUUGCGGGUGUUAUUUUUGCGGUUGUAUCAAAAAAAAGUGCAGAGCUACUGUAGACAGAACACAAGCUAGCUAACGUUAGUCAGGUCGGACGGCGGCGAGGCCCCAACCGGACGGGAACACGGGGGAACCAUGGCCAACAUCGCAGUUCAGAGGAUAAAACGGGAAUUCAAGGAGGUGCUCAAAAGUGAAGAGACGAGCAAAAACCAGAUAAAGGUGGAUCUGGUGGAUGAGAACUUCACAGAACUUAAGGGGGAGAUAGCAGGGCCACCUGACACACCAUAUGAAGGGGGUAGAUAUCAACUAGAAAUUAAAAUUCCAGAGACGUAUCCAUUCAAUCCACCCAAGGUGCGGUUUAUCACGAAGAUCUGGCAUCCCAACAUCAGCUCAGUCACAGGUGCAAUAUGUCUGGACAUUCUCAAAGACCAGUGGGCAGCAGCGAUGACACUGAGGACGGUCCUCCUGUCGCUACAGGCCUUAUUGGCAGCUGCAGAACCAGAUGAUCCACAAGACGCAGUGGUAGCCAAUCAGUACAAGCAGAACCCAGAGAUGUUCAAACAGACAGCGAGGCUCUGGUCUCAUGUCUAUGCAGGCGCUCCCGUCUCCAGUCCGGAGUACACACGCAAAAUAGACAAACUCUGUGCCAUGGGCUUUGAAAAAAAUGCAGUAAUAGUGGCGUUGUCGUCGAAAUCCUGGGACGUGGAGACAGCGACAGAGCUACUGCUCAGUAACUGAAUCUUGACACCCUCUUCAUCUUCCUCUUGAUCCCCGUCUCCCCUCCCUCACACAUACAUGCGCUCUCUCCUCCAAAUUGCAGCUGUCUCAAGGCGUGUUUUCCCCCGUUGCACCCGCUGUUUCACAGUGGACUCAUCGCCUCCACACUUCCCCCUCUUCUCCAUCCUCCCCCUUUUAUCCCCUCUGUGUGGCAUCUCUCCUCCUUGCUCAUCACCUCUGCUGUACAACACUCCAAUCAGUCGCUCUGUGAGCUCUUAUCUCUGGUUUCCUUAAGUUCAUUCAACAUUCCACUCAGCGCUACAAUCAGAAGUUCAACCACAUCUCGCCCCCCUUUGAAGUGAAUGCUAGACUUAAGACCCCGCCCAUGCCUGCCAAUCUCCCGGUUUUCCUGGCUGUGUCCAGGAAGCGGCUGUCGGCGACUUAUUCUUGCCUAUGCAGUGCAUUUACUUUCAUUUAUGAACGUUUGCAGGAGAGAGUCAAGCCAGGUCAUGAUUUUUACACACUAUUGGGAUGGUUUUCUGAACAGGGAAUGAGCAGAGUCCUAGAGUAACUACAUUUUAAAAUUGGUAUGUCUUAAGAAAUUGUCUUGCGCUAGGUCCAACAUCACUACCCUCAUUCAUUCACUCAUCCUUAGACAGUAAACACUCAUACACACUGAAAGUCUGAAUAAUUAUCUUGUUCCAUCAAUGGGAGUUUUUGAGGGCACUUAAAAUGCAUAAGCAGUUCACUUAAAAUGAAAAAUAUACUGUCAACGAAGGAAAUAUGGAGUUAAUUAUACACAGAACUGGACAAGGCUUUUUCCCUGUUCUGGAACCUAGCUCAUAAAGUGUCACUGAGGUGUUCACACAGUCAUGCCCCCCCCCCCACACACACACACACACACUUUUAAAAGAUUUUAUUUGGUCUCCUGCAGGAAUACAUUUGGAUUCUUGUUUUUAAACUGAGAGAAAACAAAACAAUCAAAUAAAUGUUCAGCCGUAACACAACCUGUCACACAUGUCUGGAUGGAAAUAGUUCGAAACGAAAUUGAAAAAUGUUUCAUCAACUUAACUGCGCCAACAGAUAAAUAUGUCAAAAUGAUUCAUCUGUAAAUAAAGAUAUUAAAGUCUGUGUAAAUUAA